AUGUGGCCCGGCCCGCGGCGGCCGGCGGCUGAAAGCGGCGAGGCGGCGGCGCGCGAAGCCCGGAAGGCGGCGGCCGAGGCCCAGGCGGCGGACCGGAGCGGCGGGAGCGGGGCCCGGGUCGGCCCUCGAGCGGCCGCCGGCUCAGCAUGCGCGCCCGCCGGGGGCUGCUGCGGCUGCCGCGCCGCUCGCUGCUCGCCGCGCUCUUCUUCUUCUCGCUGUCGUCCUCGCUGCUCUACUUCGUCUAUGUGGCGCCCGGCAUAGUGAACACCUACCUCUUCAUGGUGCAGGCUCAGGGCAUCCUGCUUCGGGACAAUGUGAGGACCAUCGGUGCCCAGGUGUAUGAGCAGGUGGUCCGCAGCGCCUAUGCCAAGAGGAACAGCAGCCUAAAUGACUCAGACUACCAUCUGGACUUGAACCACAGUGAAGCCUUCCCCCCAGCCACGACGUUUCUCCCUGAAGACUUCACCUACUUUGCCAGCAGCCCCUGCCCAGAGAGACUCCCUUCCAUGAAGGGCCCAAUAGACAUAAACAUGAGUGAGAUCAGCAUGGAUGAUAUUCAUGAGCUUUUCUCCAGAGACCCGGCCAUCAAGCUUGGAGGGCACUGGAAGCCUGCAGACUGUGUGCCUCGGUGGAAGGUGGCCAUCCUCAUCCCUUUCCGGAACCGCCACGAGCACCUCCCCGUCCUCCUGCGACACCUGCUCCCCAUGCUUCAGCGCCAGCGCCUGCAGUUUGCCUUCUAUGUGAUCGAGCAAGUUGGCACCCAGCCCUUUAACCGAGCCAUGCUUUUCAACGUUGGUUUUCAAGAAGCCAUGAAGGACUUGGAUUGGGACUGUCUGAUCUUCCAUGACGUUGAUCACAUACCAGAGAGUGACCGGAACUACUAUGGCUGUGGACAGAUGCCCAGGCACUUUGCAACCAAACUGGACAAAUACAUGUACCUGCUUCCCUACACAGAGUUUUUUGGUGGCGUGAGCGGCCUGACUGUAGAACAGUUUCGGAAAAUCAAUGGCUUUCCUAAUGCCUUCUGGGGCUGGGGCGGAGAAGAUGACGACCUGUGGAACAGGGUACAGAAUGCAGGCUACUCUGUGAGCCGGCCAGAAGGGGACACAGGAAAGUACAAGUCCAUCCCUCACCAUCAUCGGGGAGAAGUCCAGUUCCUCGGCAGGUACGCUCUGCUGAGGAAGUCAAAGGAGCGACAAGGGCUGGACGGUCUCAACAACCUGAGCUACUCUGCUAAUGUCACCUAUGACGCCUUGUACAAAAACAUAAGUGUCAACCUGACACCCGAGCUGGCUCAGGUGACUGAGUACUGAGAUGCGGAGAGAAGCCGCACUCAGCUACCCACCACUCCCUUGGACGGGCUGUGAUCCGCCAUCCUGGGGGUCAACACGGGAGGGCAGAAGAGAGUGGAGCACAGGACCAUAGGGUUCCAGACAACUGUCACAGAGCACACGCACAAAGGCCUUCACUGGAGGGCCCAACAGGGACAGGAGACUUGAGGACACCUGUCAUCAGCACUGGCUUUCUAUUCCACAAGACAGAUGUCCCACCCCAGGUCCUGUCUCAGCUGCAGCCUGUAGAAUUGCAGGGCCGGGCCAGGUGCCCCUUGGAUAGAUGGAUGGCCAAGCCCAGAGGCUGCCGUCCGUGGUCAGCCCCCUGGCCUGAAGCAGAUCGACUGAAAUGCCUGUCUCUGCAUCUCUGCAGUUCUCUUUGGCUUUCAUCUGGCUUAGUUUAGGGUUUUGUUUUGGUUUUGUUUUUUUGUUUUGUUUUUUUGUUUUGUUUUGUUUUGUUUUUUAAGAAAAUUUUUCUGCUUUGGGUGGGGACCGAGGGUGGAGGGGAGGGACUUGGAAUGAUAGACACACAUAACAGUCACUUCUUGAAGAAGUGCGGUUGUAAAUAAGCCAUGUAAAAUGCCUUUUUAAAGUUUAAUUUUAUAGCUGGCUCCACUUCAGAGUGAGGGCUUCAUCUAUGAGAUCACCUUGGGUGGCAGACACAGCUCAGUUCCCACGCAGUUGAGUGUCAUCUCCCAAGUCCCUGUCGUCUAGGAAGGAAGUGGGUGCAGGGCAGAACAGAGAACCUCCGGUCACUACAGCCCCUCUUCUCUGCCCUGCCCCUCCUUUCCUGUCCCCUCCCCUAACCCCCCAGGGUCUUCCUCCUGGAGACUCAGCCCCUCAGCUGGAACUGCUGUUAGAGGUACAGUGCUCUCCCGUCCUACAGACCCGGACAAGCCAGCGGGAUGUGCAGAGGGAGGGGAAGCAGAGGCCCAGGGCGCAGGCUUAUCACUCCAGUGUGGAUGGCAGGGGCUGAAGCCCAGAUUUGAAGCCAGUGUGAGCUAUGUCACAAGUUCCAGGUCAGCCUGUACUGUGUAGCACACUCCAGUUCUCUACACCAUCUCACACACAAUCUACACCAUCUCACACACACAAUGGCUGUUGGGUGGCUGUUCCCUUUUUACUUUGGAACUUGGUCACAGUUUCUCUGGGCUGGGCCUGCAUGACCAGCUGGCUUUAGUGAUUUCUCCGUUUCCCUUUUUAGAUUCUAGGAAGCUGCUGUGCUGUGCUAAGAAGCAGUUGGUUGGGAGGGGCUCAGGCCGGGAGCAGGUGGCCCUGGGGUGCAUGUCAGCCAGGACCCAGGUGAGCUCUCACCAGAGCUCUGACAGGCAGGCGUCUCCCCUGCUUCCUGACAGCAGUUCCUAAAGUGCACUGAGAAGGGCACCUCCUUCCUGAGCCAGGGCUUACUGUGUCUGCCUGCAGCCCGCUGUCCCCAAAGCAGGGAUCUGUGUGUGGUGAGGGGCGCCCUCUUCCGGCCUCUAGCUCUUUGCCUCUUUGCCUUCAGCGCCCUUGAAGUUCAUGGUUUACAUGGGUGGGGGUGGGGUGUAGAUACAUGGGGGUGGGGUUUUGCAUCACACAGUUGGUUCUGAGGACAGAUGAUCCCCCACAGACCGUGGGAGUGAUUGGCCAGGCCUUGUUUUUUUCUUGUUUUUUGUUCUUUUUGUAGAAUAGUGUGGUAUCUAGGGAACAGAUGACAUUGUGGAGUGCUCCCCGCUCGUAUGAGAGAGCAGGUGCCUGCCCUUGAGAGCGCUGGAGCCACGUCAUCUGUUUGCACUGGGCAAGGAGCUGCACUGCUGCAUUGACCUGCCUUUGUCUUACGGUACACACAGCAAUAAAGACUGGGUUCCGCCCGGUCUCGACCCUCUGCCUCCCUUUGUUAGUUUUACAGUGCUGGCAAUGAAACCCAUGGCCCGCCAUGCUAAGCAAGUGCUCUGCCACUGAGUCACACAGCCCAGCCCUCGCUCCCUCAUUCUUUUGUUUCCACACCAAAGGCCAGGAAUGCUUUCCCUGUGGUGGAGCCCAUGGUGUCCUCUGGAGGGAGUUCCAGGGAGGGACAGCAGUGCAGUGCACACGGCAUGUGUCCUGGCUGAAGCUCUGCCUUCUCACACUAGCCACAGGGUACCUUUCGAGCCAAAGGCUGAUACUCGAUUGAAGAAGGAAAAUACAGAUUUGGGGACAAAGAAAAAGGUCUGCUCAAGUAGGGUCCCUUCUGUUCUGUUGCAAUCAUGUCCAAGUUUGUUUUUAGUGUGGACUCUUGUGGACACUGUCAGUCAUUGGCCACCCAGUCAUGUACCAAGUGGGAAAUGUCACAGCCAGAGUUGUACCACUGGGCCACGCGCGUUAGGUCACUGCUUGAAGGAAAUGACCGUGAGAAUCGAGUGUGACCUUGGUGUACUUUGGCAGCUGAGAUGAUUCAGUGCUUCAGUCAAGUGACCCUUACACGACCUGCCUUGACUGCCUGCCUUGUGUGUGCAAGGCGCCUCUCCUCACAGGGUUUCUUUGUGGGAGGGGGUAUUUGCAAAACUUUAAUUUUGCUGAAAUGGGGAUUCUGUCAUGGUUUCCCUCCCUCGGAGGACAGUGGCAGAGCCACAGCUCAUAUACUGACAUACCCACCAUGGAUGAGGCUCUGACGCAGCCAGACGCAGCCAGCUUAGCCCAACAUUACUGUCUCUGUUUUGAGCUUGCUCUUUGUUUUAAAAGGUGCCAGGGGUACAUUUUUGCACUGAAACCUAAAGAUGUUUUAAAAACACUUUUCACAGAAAUAGUCCUUGUCAUUACAUUGUUCACUCAUGUGUUUGUACAUUUUUGUAUGUUAAUUUAUGAAUGAUUUUUUCAGUAAAAAAAUACAUAUUCAGUAACCAAA